AUGGAUUCGCAACAGAGCGAUCUCUAUGAGACGGCAUCUCAGCCGGAUACGGUGGCCGACGCGUAUACCUUUUUGGAAUUCAACAGCCAAGGUGAUUCGGAGUUUGAUUACCAAGAGUUCCAAUCACAGACGGCAUGGCCGACCCCGUCUGAUUCCAUAUCCAUCGUCGACCCUUCCGAUCUUCCCGGAGGAGGAGCGGCCGCGGAUCACCAUUCCGAGGCUUCGUCACCUUCUUCCCUGUCUGCUGGUGUCGGCAAUGGCGCCAAAGCGGGACGUGGUGGCGUCAGUGGUAGCAGCCAGGCUGAUGCAUUGGCCUCGGGUAUUGGAAAUUUGAACUUCGAGGAGACUGGAGACGAUGACGGUUUCGAUUAUGGUAAGAAUGAUUUCACGGAGCACGCGUGUAAGUACUGUGGCAUCUCGAACCCAGCUUGCGUGGUUAGGUGUAAUGUGGCGUCCUGUAGGAAGUGGUUCUGCAAUUCAAGGGGAAACACCUCUGGCUCGCAUAUCGUGAAUCAUCUGGUUCGAGCAAAACACAAGGAAGUUUGUCUCCAUAGAGACAGUCCGCUAGGGGAAACAAUUCUCGAAUGCUACAACUGUGGGUGCCGAAAUGUCUUUCUUCUCGGCUUCAUCUCAGCAAAGACAGACAGUGUUGUUGUCCUUCUCUGUAGAGAUCCUUGUUUAAAUGUAAAUGCUCUGAAGGAUAUGAACUGGGACCUAAGUCAGUGGUGUCCCUUAAUUGACGACCGCUGCUUCCUCCCCUGGCUUGUUAAGGUCCCAUCAGAGCAGGAACAGCUGAGAGCACGCCAAAUUAGUGCGCAGCAGAUAAACAAGAUUGAGGAAUUAUGGAAGACAAAUCCAGAUGCUACCCUUGAAGACCUUGAAAAACCUGGUGUAGACGAUGAACCUCAGCCUGUUCAACCUAAGUAUGAAGAUGCAUACCAGUAUCAAAACGUGUUUGCACCUCUUAUUAAGCUCGAAGCAGAUUACGACAAGAUGAUGAAAGAGUCGCAAAGCAAGGAAAACCUCACAGUUCGUUGGGAUAUUGGUCUUAACAAGAAGCGUGUUGCAUACUUCAUCUUCCCAAAGGAGGAAAAUGAAUUGCGGUUAGUGCCGGGUGAUGAACUACGUCUGCGCUACUCGGGAGAUGCUGCUCAUCCAGCUUGGCAAUCAGUUGGACAUGUGAUCAAGCUAACUGCACAAGAGGAGGUUGCUCUUGAACUCCGAGCUAAUCAAGGAGUUCCAAUUGACGUGAACCAUGGAUUCAGUGUUGAUUUUGUUUGGAAAAGUACAAGCUUUGAUCGAAUGCAGGGAGCAAUGAAGAAUUUUGCUGUUGAUGAAACAAGUGUGAGUGGUUACAUUUACCAUCAGUUAUUGGGGCAUGAAGUUGAGGCCCAGAUGGUCCGUAAUACAUUACCUCGACGUUUUGGGGUACCUGGUCUUCCAGAACUGAAUGCAUCUCAGGUUAACGCGGUGAAGAGUGUCCUUCAGAAGCCCAUCAGCUUGAUCCAAGGUCCACCUGGGACAGGUAAAACCGUGACUUCUGCAGCAAUUGUGUAUCACAUGGCAAAACAGGGCCAGGGACAGGUUCUUGUUUGUGCUCCAAGUAAUGUUGCUGUUGACCAACUAGCCGAAAAAAUUAGUGCUACUGGUUUAAAGGUUGUUCGCCUUUGUGCAAAAUCAAGGGAAGCUGUAAGUUCUCCUGUAGAGCAUUUGACCCUUCACUACCAGGUACGACAUCUUGACACAUCUGAGAAGAGCGAACUGCAUAAGCUACAACAGUUGAAAGAUGAACAAGGUGAGCUGUCAAGCAGUGAUGAAAAGAAAUACAAAAAUCUGAAAAGAUCAACAGAACGCGAGAUAACACAGAGUGCUGAUGUCAUUUGCUGCACCUGUGUUGGUGCUGCGGAUCUUCGGUUGUCAAAUUUUAGAUUUAGACAGGUACUUAUUGAUGAGUCUACUCAAGCAACAGAACCUGAGUGCCUUAUUCCUUUGGUCCUCGGAGUAAAACAGGUUGUUCUUGUUGGUGAUCAUUGUCAGCUUGGCCCUGUGAUUAUGUGCAAGAAAGCAGCUCGUGCUGGCUUGGCACAGUCUCUCUUUGAACGCCUAGUGCUUCUUGGUAUUAAACCAAUUAGAUUGCAGGUUCAAUAUCGUAUGCAUCCAGCUUUGUCCGAGUUUCCAUCCAAUAGCUUCUAUGAAGGAACACUACAGAAUGGAGUCACAAUUAUUGAAAGGCAAACAACAGGGAUUGAUUUCCCGUGGCCUGUGCCGAACCGGCCUAUGUUUUUCUAUGUCCAGCUGGGGCAAGAAGAGAUCAGUGCUAGUGGAACAUCAUAUCUAAAUAGAACCGAGGCUGCUAAUGUGGAGAAACUUGUGACCGCUUUCUUAAAGAGUGGAGUUGUCCCCAGUCAGAUUGGAGUGAUAACUCCAUACGAGGGACAGAGGGCAUACAUUGUUAAUUACAUGGCAAGAAAUGGUUCUCUCCGACAACAGCUUUACAAGGAAAUUGAGGUUGCCAGUGUUGAUUCUUUUCAAGGAAGAGAAAAAGAUUACAUUAUAUUGUCCUGCGUGAGAAGUAACGAGCAUCAGGGCAUUGGAUUCCUUAAUGAUCCACGGAGGCUCAACGUUGCCCUUACACGUGCUCGUUAUGGAAUUGUUAUUCUUGGAAACCCGAAGGUUCUUAGUAAACAGCCUCUGUGGAAUGGCUUGUUGACACAUUACAAGGACCACGAGUGCUUGGUUGAGGGACCUCUUAAUAAUCUAAAGCAGAGCAUGGUACAAUUUCAGAAACCAAGAAAGAUCUACAAUGAUCGGAGACUAUUUUAUGGUGGUGGUGCUGGCAUGAUGGGAAAUGACCAUUUUGGUUCGGGUAAUGCCGACAGAAGAGGCAGUCGUGGAAGAGCUGGUGGUUCGUAUAUGCCUUUUUGCCCACCUAAUGGUGCUAGACCUGGACUUCACCCAGCUGGCUACCCGAUGCCUAGGGUACCACUUUCACCCUUUCCUGGUGGUCCUCCUUCCCAGCCAUACGCUAUUCCAGCUCGCGGACCUGUUGGUGCUGUUCCUCAUGCUCCCCAACCUGGAAACCACGGUUUUGGAGCUGGUCGUGGAAGUUCAGUUGGGGGCCACCUUCCGCCCCAGCAAGGCACCCAGCAUAAUGUUGGAACUAUUGGCCCUAGUUUGAACUUUCCCCUUGAUAGUCCACAUAGCCAAGCUUCACCUGGUGGUCCACUGUCCCAACCUGGAUAUGGUAGCCAAGCGUUCAGGGAUGGAUUUAUGGGCGGCAUAUCUCAGGAUUUCUUGGGUGAUGAUUUUAAGAGCCAGGGAUCUCAGGGUCCUUACAGCAUGGCCGACUUUGCUUCACAGGGAGGAUAUCCUGUUGAUUAUGCACCACAAGGAGCCCAUGGAACGUUUCCUGGAAACUUUAUGAACCAGAAUUCUCAAGCCGGUUAUUCUCAUUUCAGCGGAAGUAACGAUUUCAUGUCGCAGGAGUAUAUGGCACAUGGAGCACAUGGUCUUUUCACGCAACCUGGCUUCAUCGAGGAUGAUGGACAACAGAAUCCUUUUGGCGGGAACAAUCCUAAUCUUCAGUCUCAGGGUCUCCCGAAUUCACUCUACUCGCAACCUUUCUCACAGUACAACACACAGCCGCUAAACCUUUCAGCCCCACAGCAAUCUCAACCUAACCAAAGCUCACAAAACCCAAAGCUUCCUUACAAUGGCUAA